CCGAGCCGUGGAGGCGGCGGCGGCUGCGGAGGCCGCGGCACCGGCACCGGGAGCGGCAGCAGCGGUAGCGGUGCGGAGAGCCGCACCAAGGAGGGGAGCUCCGAGCCCCGGCACCCGGCCGGAGGCACCGCCUCCCCGACCCACAAUGACUCGCUGAGCCAACCCAGCCUUGAGAGGAGUCAAGCAGAGAGCACCCAUGGAGGGGCCCCUGGCAGGUGGCCUGGCUGCCCCAGAUCGGCCUCGAGGCCCAGAGAGACUGCCUGGCCCAGCUCCAAGGGAAGACCUCGAGGGUGGGGCCGAGGCUGCUGAAGGGGAAGGUGGCAUCUUCCGGUCUACCCGUUACCUGCCUAUCACCAAGGAAGGCCCCCGGGACAUUCUGGAUGGCAGAGGUGGCAUUUCUGACGGGCAGUCCCAUCCUGGCCUCAGCGAAGCCCUCCCCCGUGCCACCUCCGCCACCCAUCGGAUCAGCAGCUGCUGCUGGGAUGGAGGCAGCCUGGACUUCCAGCCAGGCUCCUCACCACCCCAUCUCCUGGGCCCUUUCUCUGGUCCCCCAGAUGGCCGGGGGCCCUGGGAGCACCCCUUGGUCCAGGAGGCCGGGGAGAGCAUCCCAUCUGAGCGGAGAUUCGAGGACUCAGUCAUUGUGAGAACCAUGAAACCCCAUGCUGAGCUCGAGGGCUCUAGAAGGUUCUUGCACCACCAGGGUGAAUUGAAACUUUUGGAAAAAGCCCCUCGGGGUCACCCCAGGUUUGACUGGCUCCAAAAUACAGAUGAGCAGGAGCCCCCACGGGACUCAAGGCUACACCUGGACCUGUCUCCCCAGCCACCACCCCUGAGUGCCUUCAGGAGGGUGAUUGUGCCGAUGGAAGACACCUCCAAGACUUUGGACAUGGAGAUGGUUGGCACCAGAGAGGACCUGGAGGAUCUGGAAGGGCUGGCCCAGCCCUCUGAGUGGGGCCUGCCGACAUCAGCCUCCGAAGUAGCCACACAGACCUGGACAGUGAACUCGGAGGCAUCUGUGGAGCGGCUGCAGCCACUGCUGCCCCCAGUCCGAGCAGGGCCUUACCUGUGUGAGCUGCUGGAGGAGGUGGCCGAUGGGGUGGCCAGUCCUGAUGAGGAUGAAGAUGAGGAGCCAGCUGUGUUCCCCUGCAUUGAAUGCAGCAUCUACUUCAAGCACAAGGAACACCUUCUGGAACACAUGAGCCAGCACCGCCGAGCCCCUGGCCAGGAGCCCCCUGCUGACUUGGCGCCCCUAGCUUGUGGAGAGUGCGGCUGGGCCUUUGCUGACCCGGCCGCCCUUGAGCAGCACCGGCAGCUGCAUCAGGCAUCCCGGGAGAAGAUCAUUGAGGAAAUCCAGAAGCUGAAGCAGUUUCCAGGUGACGAGGGCCGUGAGGCACGGCUCCAGUGUCCCAAGUGCGUUUUUGGCACCAAUUCCUCCAGGGCCUUUGUGCAGCAUGCUAAGCUGCAUGUGCGAGAACCAGCCAGCCAGCCAGCCAAGGAGCCUUUCGGUGGUGGCAGCAGGGUUGGAAGCCCAGGCCCCGAUGCCAGCGCUCUCCUCUACCCACCUUAUGGAGCUGCUUCGGGCCUCAGUGCCUGUGUCUUCUGUGGCUUCCCUGCGCCCAGCGAGAGCCUGCUCAGGGAGCAUGUGAGACUCCUGCAUGCCCAUUCCCACUGGGAGGAGGAGGAGGAGGCUUUUGAGGAGGACCCAGCCAGCCAGCCAGGCACGAGCCAGGAUGCAUACUCUCGCUUUUCUGACAGCACCAUGGACUACUUUGGCAAAGCUGAGCCACUCUUGGCCCCCACGUGGCGGGAGAACCCUGUUGGAUAUGACCCCGACCUGGCCUAUGGCCCAGACUGCCAGCAGCUGGGCAUGAGGGACUUCUCACUGUCCAAGCCACUCCCGCACGACUCAGGCCAGAGGCCUCUCGGAAGGCUGGUCUUUCCCUCGCCCCUGGCAUCUGCCCCCUAUGCCAUACAGCUCAGUAGAAACAAAAGCACUGUUCACCUGCAGGGGCUGGGAGACCGCAGCCACCCUUGGAGUGAAGAGGAGGAGGAGGGAGAGGAGGAAGAGGAGGAUGAGGAUGUAGCACUGACUUCUGAAAUGGAUUUUUCUCUGGGAAAUGAGGUCUUCCCACCCGCAGCUGCCCCCAGCCUCAUACCCCAGCCAGCUCUAGAGCUGAAGCAGACUUUCCAAGAUGCUCUGCAGGCAGCUGAGGCCUCGCGGGCACAACGGCAGCAGCUCCAAGGGAUGGUACCCAUUGUUCUGGUAGCAAAACUGGGGCCACAGGUCAUGGCGGCGGCGGCCAGGGUACCCCCGACACUGCAGCCAGAGGAGUUGGGGCUGCGGGGCACCCACCCCCUGGAUUUCCUGCUCCUGGAUGCUCCGCUGGGUGGUCCCCUGGGGCUAGACACACUCCUAGAGGGAGACCCGGCCAUGGCGCUGAAGCACGAGGAGCGGAAAUGCCCCUACUGCCCCGAUCGCUUCCACAAUGGCAUCGGCUUGGCCAACCACGUCCGUGGCCACCUGAACCGCGUGGGCGUCAGCUACAACGUGAGGCACUUCAUCUCUGCCGAGGAGGUUAAGGCCAUUGAGCGCAGGUUUUCCUUCCAGAAGAAGAAGAAAAAAGUGGCCAACUUCGAUCCUGGCACCUUCAGCUUGAUGCGCUGUGACUUCUGUGGGGCUGGGUUUGAUACUCGGGCCGGUCUCUCCAGCCAUGCCCGGGCCCACCUGCGCGACUUCGGCAUCACCAACUGGGAGCUUACCGUCUCACCCAUCAACAUCCUACAGGAGCUGCUGGCCACCUCGGCUGCUGAGUUGCCCCCCAGCCCCUUGGACCGAGAGCCUGGUGGGCCACCUGGCAGCUUCCUGACCUCCCGCCGGCCUCGCUUACCUCUUACCGUGCCCUUCCCACCCACCUGGGCUGAGGACCCUGGGCCAGCCUACGGAGAUGGCCUGGGUUCUGAGGAAAACACAAUGGUGGCCAUGGACUUGGGGUCCCCCCUGCUUCCUAAGAAGAGCCUGCCUGUCCCUGGGGCCUUGGAGCAGGUGGCUAGUCGACUGAGCAGCAAAGUGGCCGCCGAGGUUCCUCAUGGCAGCAAACAGGAGCUGCCGGACCUCAAGGCCCAGAGCCUGACCACCUGUGAGGUCUGCGGCGCCUGCUUUGAGACCCGUAAAGGCCUGUCCAGCCACGCACGUUCCCACCUUCGGCAGCUGGGGGUAGCCGAAUCAGAGAGCAGUGGUGCCCCCAUCGACCUCCUCUACGAGCUGGUGAAGCAGAAGGGCCUGCCUGAUGCUCCCCUCGGGCUGCCCCCAGGUCUAACUAAGAAGUCCAACUCGCCGAAAGAAUUGGUCUCUGGGGCUACCCGGCCAGGUCUGCUUACCUUGGCCAAGCCCCUGGACACCCCUGCUGUCAACAAAGCCAUCAAGUCUCCUCCUGGCUUCUCAACCAAGGGCCUGGCCCACCCACCCAGCUCUCCGCUCCUCAAGAAGGCACCACUGGCCCUGACUGGCUCCCCUACCCCCAAGAAUCCUGAGGACAAGAGCCCCCAGCUGUCCCUGAGCCCCCGGCCAGCCUCCCCAAAGGCACAGUGGCCCCAGUCUGAGGACGAGGGGCCCCUGAAUCUCACUUUAGAUAGUGACGGGGGCAGAGAGCUGGACUGCCAGCUGUGUGGUGCCUGGUUUGAGACCCGCAAGGGCCUGUCCAGCCACGCCCGUGCCCACCUGCGCCACCUGGGCGUCAGCGACCCGGACGCCAAGGGAUCCCCCAUAGACGUGCUCCACGGGCUCAUCAGGAGGGACGGCGUCCAGAUCCGCCUCCCACCCGGGCGCGGAGCCCUGGCCCAGCUGGGGCGGCCUCCUCCCGCCUCUGCGGCCCUCUCCUUGCUCCCCCCCCCACCGCCGGCCAAGAAGGCCAAGCUGAAGGCCGCGGGUACGGCCAGCCCCUGGGGGAAGCAGGACCUCUCGGCCGCCGCAGCCGCCGGCAUUUUCUGGGCCUCUGAUGUGGAGCCAUCUCCUCUCAACCUCUCCUCCGGCCCAGAGCCAGCUCGAGACAUCCGCUGUGAGUUCUGUGGUGAGUUCUUCGAGAAUCGCAAGGGCCUGUCGAGCCAUGCACGUUCCCACCUGCGGCAGAUGGGUGUGACUGAGUGGUAUGUCAAUGGCUCGCCCAUCGACACGCUGAGGGAGAUCCUGAAGAGACGGACCCAGUCUCGGCCAGGUGGACCCCCCCACCCUCCAGGGCCCAGCCCAAAAGCCCUGGCAAAGGUGGUGGGCACUGGAGGCCCUGGCAGCUCACUAGAAGCCCGCAACCCCUCGGACCUUCACAUCUCACCUCUGGCUAAGAAGUUGCCACCACCACCAGGCAGCCCCCUGGGCCACUCACCAACUGCCUCUCCUCCUCCCACGGCCCGGAAGAUGUUCCCAGGCCUGACUGCAACCUCCCUGACGAAGAAGCUGAAGCCUGAACAAAUGCGGGUGGAGAUCAAGCGCGAGAUGCUGCCAGGGGCCCUUCAUGGGGAACCGCACCCAUCUGAGGGUCCCUGGGGGGCGCCGCGGGAAGACAUGACACCCUUGAACCUGUCGUCCCGGGCAGAGCCGGUGCGCGACAUCCGCUGUGAGUUCUGCGGUGAGUUCUUCGAGAACCGCAAGGGCCUGUCGAGCCAUGCACGCUCCCAUCUGCGGCAGAUGGGCGUGACUGAGUGGUCUGUCAACGGCUCGCCCAUCGACACGCUGCGGGAGAUCCUGAAGAAGAAGUCCAAGCUGUGCCUCAUCAAGAAGGAGCCACCAGCCGGAGACCUGGCUCCUGCUUUGGCUGAGGAUGGGUCCCCCACAGUGGCCCCUGGGCCUGUGCAGUCCCCACUACCACUGUCGCCCCUGGCUGGCCGGCCAGGCAAACCAGGAGCUGGGCCAGCCCAGGUUCCCCGGGAGCUCAGCCUGACACCCAUCACUGGGGCCAAACCCUCAGCCACCGGCUACCUGGGCUCAGUGGCAACCAAGCGGCCCCUGCAGGAGGACCGCCUCCUCCCCGCAGAGGUCAAGGCCAAGACCUACAUCCAGACUGAACUGCCCUUCAAGGCAAAGACCCUCCAUGAGAAGACCUCCCACUCCUCCACCGAGGCCUGCUGCGAGCUCUGUGGCCUUUACUUUGAAAAUCGCAAAGCCCUGGCCAGCCAUGCGCGGGCACACCUGCGGCAGUUUGGUGUGACAGAGUGGUGUGUCAACGGCUCACCCAUCGAGACACUGAGCGAGUGGAUCAAGCAUCGGCCCCAGAAGGUGGGCGCCUACCGCAGUUACAUCCAGGGCGGCCGCCCCUUCACCAAGAAGUUCCGCAGCGCCGGCCAUGGCCGUGACAAUGACAAGCGACCACCCCUGGGGCUGGCACCUGGGGGCCUGGCCUUGGUCGGCCGCAGUGCUGGGGGGGAGCCAGGGCUUGAGGCUGGCCGGGCAGCUGACAGCGGUGAGCGGCCUCUGGCAGCCAGCCCACCAGGCACUGUGAAGGCUGAGGAACAUCAGCGGCAGAAUAUCAACAAAUUCGAGCGCCGGCAAGCCCGCCCCCCAGAUUCCUCUGGGGUCCGGGGGAGCGAGGAGGCCAAUGACUUGCAUCAGAAGCUGGAAGAGGUACGGCAACCUCCACCCCGGGUGCGACCAGUCCCCUCCUUGGUGCCCCGACCUCCUCAAACAUCACUCGUCAAGUUUGUCGGCAACAUCUACACCCUCAAGUGCAGGUUCUGUGAAGUGGAAUUCCAGGGCCCCCUCUCCAUCCAGGAAGAGUGGGUACGACACUUACAGCGGCACAUCUUGGAGAUGAAUUUCUCCAAGGCAGACCCCGCACCUGAGGAGCCCCGAGCCCCGCAGGCACAGACAGCAGCGGCAGAGGCACCCUAACACAAAAGCAUUCCAGAUUUCCUCUUGUGCCACCUCUGUCUCCUGUUUCUCCUCUAUGUCCUCCUCCCUUUCUUCCUUUCUUUUCCGUUUCCAAAGGAGCAAGCCAAAACCUCAAACCGGUGCCCCUCGGGGGCCCGGGCACACUACAGAUGGGCGCCGGGAGCCAGCUAGCCACCCUUCCCCCAGCCUGAAGACUCUGGGGCCACAAGGGUGUCUUCCUCCAGUCCACACCCACCUGGUCCAGCCGGGGUAGCAGCCAGUCCCUGGUGGCAGCUGAUCUGGUCACAGGGGAGGACAGCAUUACCCUGUGUCUAGCAGCCGACAGGGCUAUGUCUGCCAUCCAUGGCCAUUUGCAGAGACCCCAAAGACUCCCGUUCUGGUCCCCUUUUGUCCCCAUGAAUAUCCUCUCACACACGCACAUGCAAACAUACACGCACACAUGCACCUCGUGAGACCCGGGAUCUGCCCUAGCCCCCCAGUUCCCGAGUUCAACGAUCACAUCAUGCCACGGUGCUUGCUCAGGGGAAGCCACGCUCCCUCUGUGGGCCCACUUGGGCCUGGGAGCCCCCAUUGAGCCCACAAUGCCACGGAAAUUCUUGUUGGCUGCCCCCAGAGGGGCCUUCCUAGCUGGGGAAGAGCUCAGAGCUGACAGCUGCCUCCUGCCAUGUCAAGGCCCCCAGAGCCUCAGGGGCUCCAGGGCUGGAGGGUAGAGGGGGAUGGGACUCUCCUCCCCCAUCCCUACCUCCCUCCCCCUUUUCACUGUUGCUUUCUAUGUAUAGCUCCCUAGAUCUUUCACUUUUUAAAAACGCGUUUUGUGUAGAGAAUAAGGAACGUGGAUCUUUUUAUUUUGCAAUCCUGGGCCAGCUAGAUACCGGGAGCAGAUUGACCUUUUAACUUUUUUCAGUGGCCACCUUUUGGUUAUUGAUGUACCUAGAAGUAUGUAAAUUAGAUUAAAUUUCUCUUCUGGAAACACCCCGGG